UCUGCUGCUGCCCUUAUUUCUCCUCCUCCAUUCUCCCCUCUUGUGACCCCUCUCUAUUUUGGAUGUGGACUUCACAACAAUUCUUUUCUUUCUUCUUUACUGAAAAAGAACUUACAGAUUUUGCCUUCAAACGUUGUGGAAGUUUUUAGUUCAGUUUAGUGUUUUUGCUUAUAAAGAUUGAAACUUGAUCAUUGAAACAAGAAACAAUAACCAUAUCACUGUACCCUUUUGGUUUCUUUAACACAUGUGUCAUUAUUGUGGUGCUGAUCGGACUAAGUUGAAGGAUGAAAAGAAGAAACUAGAGAAUGGAGGUUGUUUAAAACUAAAUGGUGAAGAGCCCAUUUGGUCUUGCCGACUUUGUCAGGAAAAGCAGGAACCAGAUUUGAUGAACCGUGAUGGUUCGAGUCAUUCUAUAUUACCACUGAUCAGUCCAGCUACUACGUUGCCUAGCAGUGAUAGAUUUAUGUCUAGCUGCAGCGAUCUUUAUGUCGAUGUAAACUCGCAUGACUGGGCUCAUCAAGAGGAAGAAGCAGCACGCAGUGCUCAGAAGGAUCUCAGUUAUGGGAUGAAUGACCAACUGCACAACUCAAGAUUGGAAGCUCCUUUAAAUAGAGUGGAUGGAUUACUUAAAGCGACAGAAAACAACUUGAAGGAUAGUCAUAACGGAACUGAUAGAGAGACAGUGAGAGAUGUAGAAAUUGUGGAACUUCUUCACGGUCAAGAAGCAAAAGAUAAUGCUUUUGAGAAAUGUGUUGGAUCUUCAAACGAAGGAAGUGAUGUUUCUCAAAUCAGUGAUGAUGAAGUAGAUGCGCAGGUUUGGGAGCCUCCUGAAGCAGAAGAUCCAGAGGAUGAUUUGGAUGGCAGUGUGGCUUUUAUCGAUGACGACGACGAUGAGUGUGGUGACGGAACAGAAUGGGGUAAACCUAGUUCUUUGAGUUACUCGAGGGAUGAAGGCAGUCGGAGCUUCAAGUUCAAAGAAGAAAAACAAAAGGCAAUGGACGAAGUAGUUAACGUGAAAUUCAAGGCUGUCGUGAGUCAACUUCUUAAAACUGCAGGUGUUGCCUCUCUGAUGAGAGAUGGUGAAAGUUGGGUGGAUAUUGUUACUUAUUUAUCAUGGGAAGCUGCUUCGUUUUUGAAGCCUGAAGCAAUAGAUCGGAAAGCAAUGGAUCCAGAUGGCUAUGUGAAAGUGAAAUGCAUUGCAACUGGUUCUCGUAGUGAAAGUGAAGUAGUGAAAGGCUUGGUCUUUAAAAAGCGUGCUGCUCACAAGCACAUGCCCACUAAGUACAAGAACCCCAGGUUGUUGCUGAUCCAAGGUGUGCUUGGUCAGUCUUCAAGUGGAUUGUCAUCGUUUAAAUCAAUGGAGCAGGAAAAGGAUAAUCUGAGGGCUCUCAUUGAGACCAUAGAAAUGUGCCAUCCAAAUGUAGUUUUAGUAGAAAAAUCUGUUUCUCGUGAUGUCCAAGAGUGCAUCCUAGCAAAAGGAAUGACACUGGUCUAUGACAUGAAGCUCCAUCGACUAGAAAGAAUUGCUCGCUGUACUGGUUCGCCAAUUUUAUUAUCUGAUGCUUUAAUGAAUCAGAAGUUAAAGCAAUGUGAUUCCUUUCAUAUUGAGAGAUUUGUUGAGGAACAUGUUGCGGUAUGCGAAGGAGGAAAGAAGCCAAGGAAGACAUUGAUGUUCAUCGAGGGCUGUCCAACAUGUCUGGGAUGUACAAUUUUGUUGAAAGGAAGUCAUAGUGAUGAGUUGAAGAGGGUUAAAUAUGUGGUCCAAUUUGCUGUAAUCAUGGCAUAUCACUUGAUUCUUGAGACAUCGUUUCUUGUUGAUUGGAAGGCAAUGUUCUCUUCAGAAAUAUUUGGUGGAGUAGUUAAUACCUCAUCAAUAGAUCAACACUCUUCUGCUUUAGAAACUAGGAUUCCUUGUGUUGAGGAGUCUACAACUGAAAGUGGUUCAUCUAUCAUUGAUAUUCCCAUUUCUAAUGGAUUUCAUGAAGAAGGUUCCCACAAUAUAAACAUAGGAUUAGAGGGAUAUGAUCCUGCAGUUUUUUCUGGAUUUUCCUCUCUUUCAGCCUCUCUGAAGAAAGUUAUGGGGGACAGCUUUCCUCUUGUCUCCUCUCCUCCUUAUCGGUCCUUGUCUAAUUACUUUGGCUUCAAUGGACAAGAAACUAAUGGUCAAAUCAUGGAAGAGGUUCCAGUUUUAAAAACUUUGGAAGCUUUUGACCCUAGUGAUAUGGAAGGUAAAAAGGAUUCUGAUGAAGAGAAGUCUGCCAAUGAUGGACAACCUCAAUCUUUGUCACCUUACUCUGUAGCCACUCUGGACAGCGGAAAUGAUGUUGGAAAUAAAGAAGAUCAAAUCCAAAGUAAGGGUGAUGCCAAUGCAGUGUUGGAUUCUCAGAGUAUUUUGGUUUUGAUGUCUAGACGGAAUGCCUUGAGAGGGAUUAUAUGUGAGCAAAGCCAUUUUUCUCAUAUAAUGUUCUACAGGAAUUUUGAUGUUCCCCUUGGAAAGUUUCUUCGGGAUAAUUUACUCAAUCAGAGAAGCCAGUGCAACACUUGCGGUGAGUUGCCUGAGGCUCACUUUUACUAUUAUGCUCAUCAUAAUAAGCAGUUGACAAUACGAGUUAAAAGGCUUUUCAAGACUUUGCCUGGAGAAGGUGAAGGAAAACUUUGGAUGUGGAUUCGCUGUGGUAAAUGUAAACAUGAAAGCAGAUUACCAAAAUCUACUAAACGAGUCUUGAUUUCAACUGCUGCGCGUAGUCUGUCUUUCGGAAAAUUCUUGGAGAUAAGCUUUUCUCACCAAUUUUCAUCUGGUAGCUUGUUCAGCUGUGGCCAUUCGCUUGAGAGAGACUUCCUCUACUUCUUUGGAUUGGGUCCAAUGGCAGCAAUGUUUAAAUACUCUCCAGUGACAACCUAUAAUGUGUCUCUCCCACCCCAGAAGCUGGAGUUCUAUCAUUCAAUCAGACUUGAUGGCCUCAAGAAAGAAUUCCAUGCUGUUUAUUCAAAAGGGAUGCUGAUCUUCAAUGGGGUUGGUGAGGCGUUGAAGAAUUUAAGAUCUCGAUUUGCAGGGUCAGUUCUGAACCUUCAAGGUUCAUUGAAAGAAUUCUCUGAUAUUGAAGAUAUGUUGAAGCAGGAGAGUUCUGAGUUUGAGUUAAACAUUCAGAAUGCAGUUGCUAAGAAUGGUGAUGAGGCUGUUUACAAGCUUCUUAGUUUGAAUCAGUUAUCAUGGGAGCUUCUUCUUGAAUCAUGCAUUUGGGAAAGACGCCUGCAUUCAUUGCUCUUGCCUGAUACUUUGAUGUUAGUAACCGGUGCCAGUAAGAAAGAAUUGCAGGAACAGUUUGAGUCGCAGAUGACUGACACUGCUGAUGGAAAAAUCCAGUGGAAUGAUAAUACUUUGGGAAGCAGUGAUGAAGUUUCUGACAACAGUGGCAAUUUAAGGGACAUGCUCAGUACAACUGUCGAGGCAAGUGAAUUUUCAAUCAAAGAAAUUCCAGUUGAUGAUCAUGUUCAUGAAUUUAGGAAGCAGGAUAAUCUUUACACCUCAUCUGCUGUGGCUGAGGAUAUUGAGAGGUCAAGAGUGAGUGGUCUGAGCCAGAACAGAUUUAUCAACCAAGAACUAUCUGUGAAACCUAGUGGCUCUGCCCACCAGCAUUCUGAUGAUGGAAAUUGCCAAGCAGACUAUUUAUCUGAUGUACAAGUUGAAAGAACCAUUCCAAUUACUACAAGUAUAGGGAGCAGUGAUUCUUUUGUUGAUUCUGAUUCAAUUAAAAAGGGUACGUCUGCACGUUCUUUGGCAUCCAGCUUAGAGAACUCAAAUGGAUGGUUCUGGAUGCCAUUUCCAGAAAUCCGACAGAUCUACAUGAAGGAUCUUCAGAGAGGUUUCAUGCCAAAAUUUCAGUCUAUCAGUAGCAAUAUUCAGGAACACAUGUCUGCAGCCCAUCAGCUAAUCACCAAGGAAUGCCAGAGGCUGCACAUCCCUCUUGGAACUGAUAAUUAUAUGGUGAAAGAUUAUGAUGAUGAACUCUCUAGCAUAAUUGCCUGUGCACUGGCAUUUUUGAAAGGUCAACCUAUUUCAACAGAGCUUUACAAUGAGGAUGAUAGGAAAGAGGGUGGCAUGUCUUUUAAAUCAACUGAUAGUUUAGACAUACUGACUCGAAUUCCUACAAUGAUCUCCCCACAUUGGUCCUCUAAUGGUUCUGAUUCAGAUUCUGUCCAUUCUAUGCUAAACAUUUCUUCGGACGAGUCGCGCUUGUCCAGCUUUGAUGGGCUGAAUUUGUUGGAAUCACUUGUUCGUCCAGAAAAUCUUAGCCCUGAAGUCGCUUUUGGGCGGUCAAAAUCACUUGGAAAGGGUAAAUACUCAGUAAUUUGUCUAUACGCUAAGCAGUUCCAUGAUCUUCGGAAUCGAUGCUGUCCAUCUGAACUUGAUUAUAUCGCUUCCUUAAGUCGUUGUAAGAAUUGGGAUGCAAAAGGUGGAAAGAGCAAAUCCUUUUUUGCAAAGACACUUGAUGACAGAUUUAUUAUAAAGGAAAUCAAGAAGACAGAAUUUGAGUCAUUUGUGAAGUUUGCUCCACAUUAUUUCAAAUACAUGAACGAGUCAUUUGAGUUAGGAAACCAAACUUGCCUUGCAAAAGUUCUGGGGAUUUAUCAGGUGAUCCUUAGACAGACAAAAAGCGGGAAAGAGAUCAAGCAUGAUCUAAUGGUCAUGGAGAAUCUUACCUUUGGUCGAAACAUUACUCGCCAGUAUGAUCUUAAGGGAGCUUUACAUGCUAGAUACAAUUCAGCAGCUGAUGGUUCAGGAGAUGUUCUUUUGGAUCAAAACUUUGUUGAUGACAUGAAUUCCUCUCCACUGUAUGUCAGUAAUACAGCAAAGCGUCUCCUGGAACGGGCUGUUUGGAAUGACACAACUUUUCUUAACUCAAUCAAUGUAAUGGAUUAUUCUUUACUGGUCGGAGUAGACACCCAGCGACGAGUGCUUGUGUGUGGGAUUAUUGAUUAUCUCAGGCAGUAUACCUGGGACAAGCAGCUGGAAACAUGGGUGAAGUCUUCCCUUGUUCCUAAAAAUCUGUUGCCAACUGUUAUAUCUCCUAUAGAGUACAAAAAGAGGUUCAGAAAGUUCAUGACUGCGCACUUCUUGAGUGUCCCGGAUAACUGGUGCUCACAGAGUUCCUCUAACCCUUGUGAACUUUGUGGCACCAGAGAUGAUGAUCCAUCCCAAUCCACGUCCCGAAAACAAGGAGGGCAGAAUGGGCUUACUCAUUAGUUUCAACAUCUGGUUCAUGAUUCUUUGAAAUUUGUUUUCGGCCAGUUCAUUUUACUGUACAUAGAUGUCACAACUAUAUAGCCAACCCUAUAAUAUCAGCCCAUUUUUAGCAAAUUUAUGGGGAUAGUUUUGUUUCUACAGGUCUGCCAAUGUCACCCUAUAGCAAAAUGCUUGUAAUUCUGUGAAUGUAUUGAGAAAAUUGUAGAGAGCCAUGAACUGGUUAUUUCAAAUGAAUCCAAAAAAGAAAACAAAAUGCAGCUAUUGUUAGUAGCUUUCUUGCA